CAACCGGAUGAAAUUAGAGUAAAAAUUCAAAAUUGAAGACGAUGCCGGGCGAUCCCUCUCCGCCGCCAUCUCCUCCGCCGGUUUUGUCCUCCUCCGGCGGCUCCGCUGCCACCACGAAACUUCUAAUCGUUGUAUUGAUCAUCGCCUUCGCCAUUCUCGCUUCAAUCUCCUUCCACCUCGUCCGCCAUUACCUCUCCCGCCGGCGAACCUCCUCAAUCCCGCCGCUCUCAAUUCCUCGCCCCCCGUCCUCACACACAGAACAACCCACCUCCAACUCGGCCACCUCGCCGCCGCCGCCAUCCUAUAAAAACCAACCCAUCUCCUCCUUCCCGCUCGUCUCCCUCUCAUCCCCCUCCACCGUCCUCCACAAAUCCGCCGAUUGCGCCGUCUGUCUCUCCCCCUUCCGGCCGCGCGACGAUCUCCGCCUCCUCCCCACUUGCCGCCACGCCUUCCAUCUCCAUUGCAUCGACAUGUGGCUUCAAUCCACCCCAUCCUGCCCUCUCUGCAGAUCACCGGCUGUUCCCGAAGAGAAACCCGGCCCAUCCAACAGCUUUCAGGUAGAGAUUGAUCUGUCUUACUCUUUUGGGUCUUCGGUAGAACACGUUGUGGGCGAGGAGGUGGAGGCCGCGGUUGAUCGCCGGGAUAGUGUGAAGGAGGAGAAUGGCGAGCGGGGAGAUGAGGAGGAGGAGGAGGAAGGCGGCGGGCGUGGGUGGUUGAGGGAGUAUUUGGAUCGGGUGGCUUCUUCGGCUUCAUCCUCGUUUAAUUCUCUGACCUUCUCUGGAAGGUUAAGCAGCCAUCGAUACGACUCUGGUCCUAUUGAAUCGGUCGCCGCCGGCGAUGGACGGAGUUGGGAUGCAGAGGGGGCGGAGUGGGUGGAGGAGAGCGGCCUCGCCGGAAUCUAUCGAUGGUUUGUGGGAAUCUGACUGUAGCACAAAUUUUUGUUUUUGAAAGAAGAAUUUGAGUCCAUUUCUGAUCGAAUUCAAACACUUUAAUUGGUCGAAAAGAUUGCUUUUUUUUUUUUUCUUCUGAAAUUUCUGUAAAUGAGAAUUAAAACUGUUUGAAUUCGAUCAGAAUUAUAGCGCUGGGCAUUGCAUUGUAUAUA